AGAGGGGGUGAUUCUGGUUCGGGAGGGAGGGGUGAGGCACUCGGCCAUCAUCGGUGGAGGCGCACCACACAGUGCCACACAGUUCAGUGACCUGACGUAGCGUGAGAGGGUGGUGGGGAUUCUGACAUAUUGCUGCCUUGCUUUGCCGCGCUGGUCCCCCCGGAUCUUCAAACCCCGAAAAAUUCAUGCAUCAGUCGAGUGCUUUCCGUGCGUUUUUCCGAACAGUGACGUCGUCGUUGUCGUCUAUUCAUCGCGGAUAUAUUCACAAAGCAAAGAAUCACUUAAAACAAACCAACACUUGCAAUGAAGAGCAAUAAUUGAUAACGAGUACUUGUGCUAUCUGUAGGAUCAAUUUCUAAAUACUUUCAAGUACUUUUUCUCAUUCGGUUUACAAGUGUUUUUCCUCCUUUUUUUAGGAAGUGUUGUUUGUUCAGAAAUAUCCCCCUUUGUAUAGCAUUAAGUUUCCUGUUUAGUCAUUACUUCAUCUUCUUUCUCUUCAUAUGUAUUGACUUUUAGCUCUCUCCUUCAUUCUCUAAAAAUAAAUUUCUCACAUUCCUUUUCUUCUGGACAAUAUAUAUGAUUAUUAUUUUCGGGAAUAUUCAUAAUGCAACAAUUUCUAAAAUUACGACAAAGUUCAUUAAUUAAUUCGUCUAAAAAUUUUGUUACAAGAUAAACUUGUGAUAAAACUAAAUUUAUCAGUGCAUUUGUUUUAAUAAUGAUGUAGUGUUUCUACUUGCAGUGAUGGUGUUGUGUUAGUAAUACAUGUAUACAAUGGUGAUAAGGACGGUGUAUCUAAACUUUAAAUUUUGAUUUAAUACUUAUUCAAAGCAAUGCAAAUCAUUUUCGUCUAAAGUGUUAACAACAAUUUUCUAUAAAAAUCUCACGCAGAUAGUGACUGAUUCGUCUCAGCGGAAACACAUUAAUUUUUCUUCGUAUGAGUAAUUCGGAAAUCGAAAUUUUAGUAUGAAUCAAAGGAAACUCUGUAUGUUAAGGGAACUAACACUCAUAUGACUGCUGAAUAUGCUGAAUGAUUUGAAUUACGCGUUGAGAUGGUGGUAUGAUAAUGACGUUUUGGUGAAGCGUAAAUGGAGUCUAAUCUCUCAACUUUUAUUGGGUCUACUUGGGGCGCAGAUAGUACGGAUUCGAGAACAAGACCGCCUUCUCAACGCGAAAGUCCUGAAAAUUCCACUAUUGAUGAUAGAAGAAUCCAGGUUAAUUCUAUACGAGCCCAGAUCGAAAUAAUACCCUGCAAGGUUUGCGGCGACAAAAGCAGCGGGGUACAUUACGGAGUAAUCACUUGCGAAGGAUGCAAAGGAUUUUUCAGGCGGUCUCAAUCGUCAGUUGUAAACUACCAAUGUCCGAGGAACAAAAAUUGUGUUGUAGACCGUGUUAACAGAAACCGCUGCCAGUACUGUCGGCUUCAAAAGUGCCUGCGACUCGGCAUGUCCCGAGAUGCUGUAAAAUUCGGUCGAAUGUCGAAGAAGCAAAGGGAGAAGGUCGAAGAUGAAGUUAGAUUUCAUAGGGCGCAGAUGAGAGCAGCAUCAGAAACUGCGCCUGAUAGUAGUGUAUUUGAACAUCAAACACCAAGCAGCUCAGAUCAACAUCACUCCUAUAAUGGCGGUUAUACUUAUGGGAGUAGUGAGUACACCUCGUCUGGUCCUGGUACUGGGAAUUCAGGUUAUUAUAGUCAUGGGGCUAUUACUAAUUACGAGCUUAGUGCAGACUAUGUCGACAGUACGACGGCCUAUGAUCCUCGACCGACACCGACUCAAGUCGACACAGUCACACCUGAUACACCUUCCGUCAAUGCGUCGGGUGUAAUUCCUAAUGUGGUAGCCUCCGGAAAAUCCUUGUCAACUACGACAACCGGAAGUGGUGCAGGAAGUGGUGGCAAUGGUAGUAGCAGCGUUGGAAACAGUGGAGGAGGUGGUAAUGGCGGUGGUAAUGGUGGUGGGGGUGGCGGUAGCGUUAGUGGUGCAGGUGGUGGUUCUUUGAGCGGUGGAGGAAUUGUGGCUGUCAAACAAGAGUCUACGGUCGAAAUAGCCAACCUUGGACAUGGUUCCUACACAAUGGUCGACUCGACAACAUUUCUGAGCAGUCAGCAGCAGAGAGUCAACAAUCCAGAAGACGAUGAAGAGCCCAGUAUGUCCCAUGCGAGAUACCCAGCACAAAUCAAUGAAUUGCUCUCAAAAACAAUAUCCGAUGCACAUGCGAGAACAUGUUUCCAUACUACUGAACAAAUUCAAGAAGCCUUUCGCAAGCCUCACGAUAUCACCAGGUUACUCUACUAUAAGAAUAUGGCUCACGAGGAACUUUGGCUCGAAAGUGCUCAGAAAUUAACAACAGUUAUUCAGCAAAUUAUCGAGUUUGCUAAAAUGGUGCCAGGCUUUAUGAAGCUCUCGCAGGAUGAUCAAAUUGUCCUUCUUAAAGCCGGUUCAUUUGAAUUGGCUGUGUUACGUAUGAGCAGGUACUUUGAUCUGCAACAAAAUUGCGUUCUCUAUGGUGAUGCCUUGCUGACUCAAGACGCGUUCUAUACUAAUGAUACAACAGAGAUUAAGUUAGUUUCUCACGUUUUCGAAGUUGCGAGAAGCGUGGCUGAGUUAAAACUCACUGAAUCAGAACUUGCGCUCUACAGUGCUGCCGUUCUACUUAGUCCUGAUCGAUCGGGAUUAAAAGGAUCAGGAGAAAUCACGAGGCUUUAUCAGGCUGUGAUCAGAGCAUUAAGGACCGAAUUAGACAGAAAUCACGUGUCGCCAAUUAAGGGUGAUGUUACAGUAUGUGACGCAAUGCUCGCGAAAAUACCCCAACUACGAGAAAUCUCGAGCAUGCACAUGGAAGCCUUAGCAAAAUUUAAACGGUCGCAACCUCAACUGGAGUUUCCGGCCCUUCACAAAGAGCUGUUUAGCAGUGACAGCUGAACAAAUGAAGAAGCAGCGCAGGGUGACCCGACGCUGACAGACAACGUAGAAUGCAAGUGAUCCGGGGCCUUGCUCUGUCAAGAUUAUUUUCUUCGUAAUGAACAUAUUGGGCCUUAAUUAAACAUAAUAUUGUUAUAUAUAUAUAUAUAUAUAGAAUAUAUAAGAGCAAUAUAAAAAAUAUAUAUAAACAUAUACAUGUAUGUAUACAUAGUGCUAUAUGUAAGAAAAACGUGUCAUGUAUACAUAAAUGUACAUGUGUAUUAAAGAAUAUAUAUGUAUUUAUAUAUAUACACCCCUGAGCGUAUAAAUAUAUUUACAUAUAUAAAUGCGAGCUAUUGGUUGUUAUGAUAGAUUCAUAAAGAUUAUAUUAUUGACUAAUAUGUUUAUAAAGCUGGCUAGGUCGGUUUUAGAAUGAUAAAAUUAUUAGGCUCUAACCGGGAAACCUGAUUCGAUCAGUGAAUCGCCAAAUACCGCAGUGAGCAUAUGUAAAUUUUAUAUUAUUUUAUUAAUUUCCAAUUGGAUAAUUUUUGUAACGAUGCUGUGUAAUCAGGUUUCUUCUGUGAGAUGUAUGUAUAUGUAUGUUGUCCUAGAACCGUUCUCGCCAAUACUGAAUACAUACAAGUAGUUAGUUUUAAUUAAAAAGUUUUGGUUAACGCACUUUAAUGAUGCGCUUCAUAAUACGUAAAUAUUACUUCCUGCGAGUCCCAUAAUUCACAAACUAUAUCUCAAUUCGUUUUCUGUGCAUACACUGUACAUUCGUUUAUUAAAAGUUUAAAAAAAAAACCUUUUGAAAAAUGAUGUUUCAAACCUGACGAAAAGAAUGUUUCCUAGUUUUAUUAUAAGGAAAAUGUGACGAGCAAUUUUGGCAUAUAUGAAUAGAAUAAAUUAGCAAUCGCUAUUGUAUUGCAUAAUAUUAAUAAAGCUAAUACCUAAAAAUGUGUAUACGUAAAUACAUAAAUAGCAAAGAGUAAGGAAAAAGUAAAGUUUUAAGCUUAUUUUAUGUUGUGAGGAAAAGACUAUAGAUGGGAAGAAAACUCAUUUUCUCUCUCACCUUAAUAAUUAUAUCUCUAAAUUUCGUAAAGUGGAUAUGUUUCGGUUGGAAUUUCAAUAUUAGUACUAGACGAGUAAUUUUCGAAAUUAUAUUUUGUAUCCAGAAAACGAGUUGCAUUAUACAAACAAACGAUUGUAUUGUAUAAAUUAGAAGAGCUAAUUACGCAAACGUUUUUGUUAUAAUAAAUUGCGAAAUGAAAAUAAUGAAAAUAAUCGAUAUACUUAUUAAAGAUUGGAAGUAAUGUUUGCAUGUGCGAUGCGUAAAAACAACUAGCAAGGAGUAUCGAUAUGUAGGUAGAAGUGCGAGUUAACAGAAAAAGAAAAAAAGAAGGAAACGAAGUGAAUAUUAUUAUCUUAUUGAUUAACGAUUAAAUAGAGUUCAUUUACCUGUAGAAAACACAAAUUCAUCAUACACAAACGGAGUAUGAUAACACCCACGUUGCAACUAGGAGUUAUUAUGCAAUUUGCAGUUAAAUUUUAUAAUAUAUAUGUACAUACAUAUACACACACGCAUGAGGAUGAAUAUGCGUGUAUGUAUAUGUAUAUAUUUAGAAAAUAAACGAAAGUUGACGGAUAAUAUACAGUUAUAAUUGAUGCUUGAGGUAACCAUUUUCGAAGAAUGUGUGAUAUAUCCAUGUCUUUUUUAUACUUGCCCGCUUUUCUUAUCUUAUAUAUAAUAAAAUAAAGAUUAAAAAAUAAUAAGAGUAAUGAAUAAAAACGAUUGCCUUUGCAGUUUCUUCCUUAUCAUUCUUUCAAACUUUCAAAUCGAAUCGAAUCGCUAAUUACUAAGUCAUCGAAGAUGGUCAUCUCUUGCGCAGGAUAUAUAAUAUAAGUACGCAUAUUGGUAAAUCGUUAAUGAUAUUGUUGCGGCCCUCGCGAUGGUCCCUGGGCGCUCAUCAAAAGUAGACGAUUAUAUUCUGUUUGGCUGAUAAUGAAUUUCAAAUUACGAAUCAGUGAAAAGGACCUUGGCAAUCGGACCAAUGAACAAAUUCGUUCGACUAAAUUUAAGUGAGCAAUUUUAUCUCGCGAUUCCAUCGAUAAAUUUUAGCGAAUCGCGAAUCGCGAAUUACGAUUAGUGAAUUUUUGGUAUGUCAAGAGUAAUAACAUUUUUUUUUUUCGUUACGAAAAAAUCUAAUUUUUAUCUUGUAUAUCACCUUUAGACUUAAAUAAUCUCGUUUAACUAUAUUUAAAUGAUUUAAAAUUGAAAUUAAAUUUUUAUAUUGGAUGAAAGACUUAUAUUACCUAAAUUAAUAUGAAGUAAAGUUACAGACUUAAAAAAUUGGAUAAGGCAUAGUGUGAAAAAUUGUCAAUGAGAUAAAUAAAAGUAAUUAUUGUUUAAAUUGUAACGUAAAAAAUCUUUUACCUGCAAAUGCUAUUUAAAAUGUUUAAUGAAUAAAAAGUUUUGUAAAUAUUCUGUAAAGUCACUAUUGUUGUAGUAAUGUCUUUUAACAUUGAUGUUUUAAUGACAAAUAUUUCUUACAUUUUAUAUGACUUGCUAUUUUAGAUUAAUUGUUUGAAUUUUACAAGAAACAGUUUUUUUCAGCGCGAAAUAUUAUAUCUAUUUCCUGUCAUUUUGUCAGUAGUGAUACAAAGACAUUGUUUUGUGAUUUAUAAGCAAAUCGCUUACGAGUGUGAAUCCGAACCUGGAGAAAUUACAAAACAAAAGUUUCGCUUUGCCAGCGUUGAUCGUCCUGGCACAGGUAUAACUAAUCAGAGGCACUUAUUUAUAGAUAUACAUAUAUGAAUAUAUGUGUGUGUAUAUUUGUAUGCGUACAAAUAUAGACACAUAUAUGCAAAACAUGUACACUUACAAUUAAUAUUACGUUAAUUCAGUACCUGUGGUUGUUGUAAAAUAUUUAAGGAGGGAAAAAGAACGUGAACAAGAAAAGUAUGAAAAUUCAUUUAAUUUAUUGCGCGCGCUUCGAGAUGGAGAUUUUUAGGUUGAAAGUGAGACUUUUGUUUUAACGUGUAAGUAUGGUGCGUGCGAAAGUUCAGGAGGCUUCAAAUGAAAAAUAAGUAUAUCCUCUUGUACUUCAAUGUAAUAGUAAAUUAAUUAAUUACUUAAUGUAAGUUAACGGUUAUUAUAAAAAAACAAUAAUAAAUAAAUAAAUGAAAACACGAGCGGUGGACCAUCGUGCAUCGCCUACUUACCCCUUCAUUAUAUUAAGUAUUUAACAGUGAAAAGAAGGUAAAUGAACCGGAGCUUUCGCCCUGAAACAGAGUAUGUUGGUGUAAAUGUAAAAAAAUGGCAAUUGACUGUAAAGAAUGAAUGAAUUAUUUGAAGAAAUAAAAAACAUCGCUAACUACCUA